CCUCCCUCCCCAGCCCUCCCUUCCCACGCCCCAGUGCGCUGUGGGAUAGUGGCACUAUAAAGUAUAUCCUCUCUCGGAGAAAGAUAAGAAGCCCGAGACAGGAGGGGGAUGAAGAUGGCGGACGCCAAGCAGAAGAGGAAUGAGCAGUUAAAGCGAUGGCUGGGCUCGGAAACGGACCAGGAGCCUCCUGUUCUGAAAAAGAAGAAGACGAAGGUGAAGUUCGAUGAUGGCGCCGUGUUUCUGGCCGCUUGCUCAAGCGGCGAUACCGAGGAGGUGCUCCGAAUGCUUGACCGGGGCGCUGACAUCAACUACGCCAAUGUAGACGGUCUCACCGCCCUCCAUCAGGCAUGUAUAGAUGACAAUGUUGACAUGGUGACUUUCCUGGUGGAGCAUGGAGCCAGCAUCAACCAGCCUGACAAUGAGGGCUGGAUCCCCCUCCAUGCUGCAGCCUCCUGUGGAUACCUAGACAUAGCAGAGUAUCUCAUCAGCCAGGGUGCCAGUGUAGGUGUUGUGAACAGUGAGGGUGAGACACCUCUGGACAUCGCUGAAGAGGAAGCAAUGGAGGAGCUCCUGCAGAAUGAGAUCAACAGACAAGGGGUGGACAUCGAGGCAGCCCGUAAGGAGGAGGAACGGGUCAUGCUGAGGGACGCCAGGCAGUGGCUCAACAGCGGCCAGAUCCAGGACAGCCGGCACACAAAGUCUGGAGGAACGGCACUUCAUGUAGCUGCUGCGAAAGGAUACGUCGAGGUUUUAAAGCUUUUAAUCCAAACAGGGUAUGAUGUAAAUAUUAAAGACUAUGAUGGCUGGACUCCUCUACAUGCAGCAGCACACUGGGGCAAAGAGGAGGCAUGUAAGAUACUGGUGGAGAAUCAAUGUGAUAUGGACCUCAUUAACAAAAUGGGCCAGACAGCUCUCGAUGUAGCAGAUGAAGAUGUUCUGGGAUACUUAGAAGAACUACAAAAGAAACAAAAUCUGCUAAUAGGUGACAAGGAAGACGUUAAGAAAUCUCCUUUGAUUGUAACCACAACUACCGGGGAUAACAACCAACCACUGAAACCAAUCAAGAGCAAAGAAACGCUGCUUCUGGAGCCAGAAAAGAGCGCCCCGUGCAUUGAGCCUUUAGAACCAGAGAAGGUGGAUGAAGUAGAGGAUGGCAAGAAGGACGAAUCGAGCUGCUCUAGUGAGGAAGAGGACGACGAAGAUUCAGAGUCGGAGACUGAAGCAGACAAGAACAAGCCUUCAGCAUCGGUGAGCAACAGCACGACGCCAGCCCCAACCAGCAUCGCCGUAUCACCUCCAAGUAGCCCAACCAACCAGGUGACAACCCCUACUUCACCGGUUAAGAAGUUUGAUUGUAUUACUCCCUUCAUGCCUGUGGCGGAGCCAGGCUGUCCUGCAUUGUGGCGUCAAGGCUUGCGCAAAACUGGCAUUUCUCUAUUGCCCAAAAAACCUAUGGCCAUUCAACCUGCUGGAAAGAUCUCAACCAAAGUGGAGGAGGAUAGGAAGGACGAGUCUCCAGCGUCGUGGCGGCUGGGUUUGAGGAAGACAGGCAGUUACGGGGCGCUGGCGGAGAUCACAGCCACCAAGGAAGCUCAGAGGGAGAAGGACACGACUGGGGUGAUGCGCUCAGCGUCGAGCCCUCGCCUCUCCUCUUCGCUAGACAACAAAGACAAAGAGAAGGAAAAGGAUAAAGGAACUCGGCUUGCCUACGUGGCCCCCACCAUCCCCAGGAGACUGCCCAGCACUUCAGACAUUGACGAGAAGGAAAACAGGGACUCUACUGCUCUGAUACGUAGUGGCUCAUACACCCGGCGACGUUGGGAUGACGACCUGAAGAACAGCGAAGGAAGCGCCUCCACCAACCGACCUCCCAGCUACCAGCGCAGCACGUCCCACACGCUAGCACUAGGGCGGAGCGGCAGCACGCGGGACGUGCCAGCCAAGUCUUCGUCCACCUCCAGCUUGGACCCUAACACCUGUAAUACUAAACCCUGGCAGCCACCCACCACCCACUACCAGUCUUACAGCAUUUACCGCAGCGGCUCUUUUGGCCGAAGACACGAGGACUUGAGUUCCUCGAGCACCUCCACCUCCACCCCCACGACCACCACCUCCUCCUCAUCUGUUACCUCGCCCACAGGCCAUCGUAGCCUGCUCUCCAGCCUGGGCUCUUCCUCCACCCGUACUGGCUCCACCAGUCUAACCAGCAGGUACUGGUCAGAUGAGAGUGCACAGAGGGACAAGGAGAAGGAGAAGGAGUCUGCUGCGGUCAUUCCCACUAUGAACACUGGCUCUACUACGACCACCACAUCGAGCACUACCACCACCGCCAUAUCUACUACUACUACCACCACUGGCAUUGUCACUGGCUCUGAAAGACGCAGGUCAUACCUGACACCAGUGCGAGACGAGGAGUCAGAGUCCCAGAGGAAAGCUCGCUCCAGACAGGCUCGACAGUCGAGAAGGUCCACCCAGGGUGUGACUCUGACUGACCUGCAAGAGGCUGAAAAAACAAUCGGCCGGAGUCGUCCCCCAAAGACCCGAGAGGAGGAGAAGGAGGAGAAAGAGAAGCAGGAUAAGGAAAAGCAGCAGGAGGAGAAGAAGGAGGUGGAGAUCAAGGAAGACGAUUACCGAUCGAAGUACCGCAGCUUCGAAGAGCGCUACCGGCCCUCGUCUUCCUCCUCUACCUCCGCCAUUUCCACAGUCAGCACUGGCUCCAUCCCGUACUCUAGCACCGCAUUGUCAUCCAGUUCAAGCUCCCUCAACAGGCCUAACAGUCUGACGGGGAUCACCUCCUCGUACAGCCGUUCCUCCAGAGACACAGAAAAAGAAAUGGACAAAAAGGAAGAGGAGAAGGAAGGAGAGGACAAGUCUCAGCCCCGCUCCAUACGGGAUCGCAGGCGGCCCCGUGAGAAGAGACGCUCCACUGGAGUCCCCUUCUGGCCCCAGGAUGGGGAUGAAAAUGACCCUGACCAGCAGUCCGAUUCAGAGGAGGGCAGCACCAAGGGAGAGCCACAGAGUGACCGAUUGUCCCGGAAUGAGAGCAGCUCUUCAUCCAUAGAUCGCAUUGACACUCUUUGUAGCCGGGGCUACGGCGAGAGUCGGAGGACAUACUCAAGCCGACUGGAUAGGGACGACACAACUGACUAUAAGAAGCUUUACGAGCAGAUCUUAGCUGAGAACGAGAAGUUGAAGGCCCAGUUACGUGACACGGACCUGGAGCUGGCAGACUUGAAGCUACAACUAGAGAAGGCCACACAGAGGCAGGAACGCUAUGCCGACCGAUCACAGCUUGAGAUGGAGAAAAGGGAAAGAAGAGCUCUAGAAAGGAAGAUUUCUGAGAUGGAGGAGGAACUUAAGAACCUCCCCGAGGUAAAGCAGGUUCAGGCCCUGCGGCAGGUUAAGGAGCGGCUGCAGGCAGAGAACCGGGCCCUGUCCCGCGUGUUGGCAAAGCUCUCGCAGUCCGCCUGCAGCCAGCUGCCCGCCGUCGACCUCUAAGCCACGUCCGUCUGUCCACCGCCAUGUCCACCUACUCCUCCUCCUCUCCUCCUCCUUCUUCCUCACCUUCCCCUUUCCCAACCCCAUUCUUCUCAUGCUUCAUUCGUGCUCUGCCCGCACCCAUAGACAGAUGCUCCCAGACUUGAAAGCAGACAACCAGAGACUAAAGGACGAGAACGGAGCACUCAUUCGAGUCAUUAGCAAGCUUUCCAAGUAGUACAGAACACCACCACCACCCCCCCACGCCCCAUCUUCUGCACCCCGUAGUCCCCCAUGGCAGUGACUAAUGGAAUUGCACAUUUAGAUAUUAAUUGCAACAGACAUCAGAGACAAGACUCCUUUUUUUCCUUUAUCUCCUCCCAGCUCUUUAUUUCCCUGUUUGCUCCUCCACCACCACCACCACCGCAGCAGCAUCCAUCCAUCCAUCCAUCUAUCCAUCCAUCUACCCCUGCACCUCCUCCUCAACUGUUAUCCACUUAAUUGUGGGGCUGCUGAUGGAACCACUUGAGUUUACAGAGCAAAAGGAAGACAGGCUCGUGUGAUCAGCAUGUAAAAGCAUUGUGGGCGGGGAAAGCCUGAAAACUAUUUAACCAAUAAGCCUUAGUUGUACAUAAAGAGAAAGGAAAAAAAAAACACUUGCAGCGAUCUCUCUCUCUCUCUCUCUCUCUCUCUCUCUCUCUCUCUCUCUCUCUCUCUCUCUCUCUCUCUCUCUCUCUCUCUCUCUCUCUCUCUCUCUCUCUCUCUCACACUGAAGAACAGAUAUUAUCCACCACCUGAUUUUAUUUGUGCCACAAUCUCUCUGAUGUAUUUUUUAUUUUUUUGGUUUCCUCUCCCUGUGUUAGUGUUGUGUGCUGUGCCGUUUCCCCUCUCCCUUUUUUUAACCCCUCAAAGUGCCACUUCUGCUCUAUAUCAGCUCCUCGUGGCCCCUAGUUUCUCCAACACAGAUCUCCAAUGCACGCACACGCUCUUCCCCCAUUUUGUUACCUCUGUGUGUCUUCCUCCAAGAGGGAAACUUUUGAAUUCUCGCUUUAGCGAAACGAGGCAGACCUGGUGGAAUUUAAGCUUUCACUGUAUGUGCAAUAUGCAUUUCUUUUUUUAUGCUUUAAUGACGAGUCCAUCACAAGUAGGAUUUUUCGCUCGUCCACCGCUUCCAUCGCUCACCUUCCUCCUCUUUUUUUUUUGUUUUGUUUUAAGUUUGUAGUGUAGUCAGUUUAUACUAUUUCUCACUUUGUUUUAGCAGGUACUGAGUGAUGCUGUAUAUACCUGUAUGUAUUUGUUUGAGACCAGCACAUGGCACGCAUUUAUGGUUCCCGUCUGUUACAAUUAAAAGUAUACAAAUUCCAGAGGACAAAAAGGUGUGUUUUAAAUUUUUUUUCUUUUCUUUUAUAGUCCGAAGACAUUGAAUACAAUACAGUAGAGCCUUCCUCUUACACGGGACGGCUGGCAGUGUUCAGUGCUUCCCUUUUUUUCAGUUUAAAAUAAGUGUUCACAUUAUUGUGAAAUUUAAAAAAUAAAUAAUAAUAAUUGCUUCACUACAUUUCACUUUCAUUGUAUUCAGUAUCUUGGAAGAGUGCUGUUAAUUUUGUCUCCCUUUUUUUUUUUUUUUUUUUUUUUUUUUUUUUUUUUUUUUUUUAAAGCUGUAGUAUUAUAGUAAAGGUGUUGUCACUAAAAAGAAUAUCUUAGGUAUCUCUAACCCAGUCCUUUUUACAAUGUCUACAUGCACUGUCAAUUCCAUGUGAGGAGUCUUGAUGUCAGGUUAAAAAUAUACCAUACCAUCAAAUAGUCCAUGCAUCUGAACAUUUUAUGCAUUUCAGUGGCCUUUUAAGGAUAUUUUAGUAACAAGUAUAAAAACUAAAUAAAAAAAAUAAAGGUCACUGCAGAUGGACUGAUGUCCAUCUACUAUGGUUUAGACUUUUUUUUUUUUUUUUUGAUUUUUCUUUAUUUUAUUUCAUUCCCUUCAUCUUGUAAAAUAGGUGUGUGGCUUAAUACAUGCAAGCUGUGCUGUGACUACCAACCACUGAAGAGUUCAUUAAAAAUAAACUUGUACAUUGUAAA